CUUCUCUUGAUCUCUAGCUCAUUCUUCCUUCUCUACACUCACUCUCUUCCUACUUUCUCCUUUUCUCUCCCUUGCCCUUUGUUUUUUAUCUACUUUUCCCUUCUUUUUCUGGCUUCUUCUCCAACUUUGUAUUCAUUUCCAUAUACAUAAUUAAGCCUGAACAGCAGAGAAGAGUGUUCUUUUUUGUUUUUUUUUCCUUUUUUAGCUCUAAUAUUUGAUGACUAUUAUGGGGGAUGACUCUUCUGCUUCAUACAUCCACAUGGUGCACCAUCUUAUAGAAGAGUGUUUGAUAUUCAACAUGAGCAAAGAAGAGUGCAUGGAAGCUUUGUCUAAGCAUGCAAACAUUAAACCAAUCAUUACUUCAACGGUUUGGAAUGAGUUGGAGAAAGAGAACAAGGAGUUCUUUGAGGCUUACACAAGGGGCAGAGAUCAGAGAGCUACUGAAAUCGAGAAAAGGCAAAGGAUCCAGAGCAGGCUUAAGGCUUCCAUGAGGGAGGCUAUUGAUAAGGACUGAUCCAUUAUCUAUCUAUAGCUCAAAUCGAAGUGUUUAAUUAGAAUUGUUUGAAACAGUUAGCUUAAUUAGUUUUCAGUAGCAGUACUACUCGAAUAUAUAAUAUAUCAGCAUAAAGGUCCCGCAGCAGAUGGUCCAGAAUUUCAGAUCCUACUUGGGUUUAGCCUUUGGUAAAAGAAGAAGGAAACGUUUGGAAGGCAUGACUGGUUGUGUAAACAGUAGUUGGGAAGCGUGACGGCAUGUGGGAGCGGUAUGUGGACGGAGGUUGCAUGAGUUCAUGGCACGUUGUGUAAACGUGGCAUCGCCCUCUUUGUUCCUUUUCUUUACGUGUCCCUUCUUUGCUCUUUGUAAAAUUUCUACUAACGUCCGUUUAUCCAUUUGAAGAGUACUAGUCUCUCUUUCUCUCCAUUAUUGUGAUUAUGAAGUUAAAAUGAUGUCAAGGGAAUUUGGGGACCAUUGCUUAAAAGGGACGAGGACGACUGUGUCAAUUGUCACCGUCCCAAGCUUUUUGGUUUUUCGUUUGGUUCAAAUGAAUUUGAAGAGCGAGGGAUCAAUGCCAAAUAACAAAAACAAGUUCUUGAAUUUGCUUUUGUUCA